CGAGAGAACAUGUCUGGGAUCAAGAGAGUGAUCGCGGAGAAGGACCCCGACUAUGAGGAGAUCGCAGUCACACAUCCCAAUAAGCGUCACAAAGCAGCUGAACAGUCAGCUCGAGAUGUUGCUGUGCAGAAGAUUGAGACAAUCAUAAAAGAACAGUUUGCCGUUGAAAUGAAGAAUAAAGAACAUGAAAUUGAAGUUAUAGAUCAGCGCCUGAUUGAAGCAAGAAGGAUGAUGGAUAAGCUGCGUGCCUGUAUUGUGGCAAACUAUUACGCUUCUGCUGGUCUCCUUAAAGCUGGAGAGGGGGCGAGGUCAUGUGAUGCGGCGAUUCUUAAUCACCCUUCAAUCAAGAAGUUCUUGGAAUCACCCUCCAGAUCAUCCUCCCCUGCUAACCAGGGAUCAGACACGCCAUCUGCCAACCACUCUGAAAGUGACUCACUCUCUCAGCACAAUGACUUUCUCCUGGACAAGGACAACGGCAACCUGGAUGCAGACGAGAGGCUGACAAAUAGCCUGGAUCAGAGACAGAGCAGAAAUACUGGCCGGGACAGUUCGGGUGUUUCAAGCUCUCAAAAACCAGGACAACGAAAUGCCGGACUAUCAAAUGAUGAGACUUCACGGCUUUAUGUGAAGAAAACAAUUGUGGUCGGCAACGUUUCCAAGUACAUUCCCCCGGACAAGAGAGAAGAAAAUGAUCAGUCAACCCAUAAAUGGAUGGUGUAUGUCAGAGGCUCUCGGAGAGAACCCAGCAUAAAUCAUUUUGUCAAGAAAGUUUGGUUCUUCCUCCAUCCCAGUUACAAACCUAAUGACCUGGUAGAAGUGAGAGAACCUCCGUUUCACCUGACCAGGAGAGGCUGGGGAGAGUUCCCUGUGAGAGUCCAGAUACACUUUAAGGAUAGCCAGAACAAGAGGAUUGAUAUCAUACACAAUUUGAAGUUGGACAGGACCUACACAGGCCUGCAGACACUUGGCGCAGAAACGGUAGUGGAUGUGGAGCUACAUAGGCAUUCGCUUGGCGAGGAAUAUCUCUUUUCCCAGUCUUCAGAGUCUGAACUUUCUGAUGUUCCUACAUCUUUACCACUGCCACUGAGUAUCCCAGCACCAGUUAAAGCUUCUUCACCAAUUAAACAGUUGCAUGACUCCAGCCCGGAUGCUCCUGCAGACAAAGGAUUCCCUGGGAAUGCUGAAACCGAAAGACAUGCCACGUUUUAUUCUCUGCCGUCUUCGAUAGAACGGACUCCCACCAAAUUAACCACACAGAAAGUUGCCUUUGGCUCUCAUGGAAAUUCAGCCUUUCAACCCAUUGCAGCUAGCUGCAAAAUAGUGCCUCAAGGUCAGAUUCCAAGCCCUGCAGAGUCUCCAGGAAAAUCCUUCCAGCCUAUCACCAUGAGUUGCAAGAUUGUAUCAGGUUCUCCAAUAUCGACCCCUAGUCCAUCUCCGCUACCUCGUACCCCAACCUCCACUCCGGUGCACAUGAAGCAAGGCUCUGCUAGUUCAGUCAUUAAUAACCCGUAUAUUAUUGUGGACAAGCCUGGACAGAUGGUUGGAGCAGCAGCCACGAGCACAGGGAGCCCAACCAGCAAACUGACAAAUGUUUGUCAGGCCUCUCAUGGAACUGGAUCUCCUGUAUCAAAGACCCAUGGGAGCAGUUUUGUAACCUCAGCUGUCAAGCAGGAAGAUUCUCUGUUUGCCACCAUGCCACCCCUUUGUCCCAUUGGAAGUCAUUCCAAGGUGCAAAGCCCCAAAUCUGUGACAGGAGGCCUUGGAGCUUUUACCAAGGUGAUAAUAAAACAGGAGCCGGGAGAGCUGCCCCAGCAACCCCAACUGCCAGCAACAGGGACAACCACUCAGGCCUCUGUGCAGCAGUAUGUCACUGUGAAAGGCAGCCACAUGUUAGCCUUGUCACCGCAGAAGCCAGUCAUGAGCACAGGAGAGGGGGCAGUGCAGUCUAAGGUUGUUGGUGUUCCAGUUGGUUCUGCUUUACAGUCAACAGUGAAACAAGCGGUGGCCAUCAGUGGUGGCCAGAUACUUGUGGCAAAAUCUAGUUCUUCCGUAGCAAAGGCUGUUGGUCCGAAGCAGGUUGUGACUCAAGGUGUAGCCAAAGCCAUCGUGAGUGGAGGUGGAGGGACAAUUGUUGCCCAGCCUGUACAGACUAUAACAAAGGCGCAGGUUGCUUCAGCAGGUGCUCAGAAAAGUGCAUCUCAAGGCUCAGUGAUGGCUACACUGCAGUUACCAGCCACCAACCUGGCAAACUUGGCAAACUUACCACCAGGCACCAAACUUUACCUCACCACCAACAGCAAGAAUCCUUCUGGGAAAGGAAAACUGCUUCUAAUACCCCAAGGAGCCAUACUGCGAGCCACAAAUAAUGCUAGUCUCCAGUCUGGCUCUUCUACAAAUAGUGGUGGAGGAGGAGCGACCCAAAGCACAAGCAGUAACUUGUCACAACAUCUCACCUAUACGUCCUACAUCCUGAAGCAGACACCGCAGGGCACUUUUCUGGUUGGCCAGCCUUCUCCUCAGAGUUCUGGGAAGCAGCUGACACCAGCAUCAGUUGUUCAGGGCAGCGUAGGAGUUGGAUCAUCUUCCACACAAGGACAGCAAGCGUUAAAAGUGAUAACUGGGCAGAAAACAGCUUUAUUUGCACAGGCUGCACCCAGUGGACAGACAUCACUGAUGAAAAUAUCAGAUGGUUCUCUAAAAUCAGUGCCUACCUCAUCCCAGCUCUCCAAGCCUGGCACCACUGUGCUGAGAGUAUCAGGAGGCGUUAUCACCACGGCUGCUACUUCUGCCAUGGCCCUUCCCACAAACGGAGUGGCCCAGCAAAUAGAUAAUGCAAGUGCGAGCUCAUCAUCUUCUGGAGGUCCUACAACAAAGACUUCUGGACAGCAACACCAAAUCUGUAUAAACCAGGGCCAGUCCACUUCAUCAGCAGUGAGUAAAACUGCUACUUCUACUGUUGUAAGUGUUGCUUCUCUGAUGACUACGCCAACGCCUGUGACUGGAAAAGCUGCCGUAUCAGGGUUGCUAAAAAUCCACUCAAAUCAGUCUAGUCCGCAGCAGGCUGUUCUGACGGUUCCCAGCCAGCUUAAACAGCUCGGUGUAAACACAGCUUCUGGAGGUGUUCAAACGAUACUCAUGCCUAUGAACAAAGUGAUACAGUCGCUUUCUGCCAGCAAAGUUUCAGCUGUCACAGCUGUCACAACAGCCAGUACCGUUGUCCCUAGUCCCUCUGCAGCUUCUGUUGCUAAAGGUAACAAUGAAUUUCUCAGUAAAUUAAAUACAGCAGUAUGCUGGCUCUGCACACACCUGCUUUCUACUAGUGGCCUCACUCUAAAAGUAGACUCUGUGGCUGUGGUUUCCUUUAUUUCCAUUGUUAAAGGCCAAGCAGCAGUAAAAACAGAAGAGAGCUCAGAACUUGGGAAUUAUGUUAUCAACAUAGAAUAUUUGGAGAACAUCCAGCAGCUUUUAACAGCAGUAGUGAAGAAGGUUCCAUUGGUUGCUGAAAAAAGUGAAGAUGCCAGCUCUUUUUGCGCCAGUUCAGUGGAACAGUAUUACAGCUGGAAUAUUGGGAAGAGGAGGGCAGCCGAGUGGCAGCGAGCAAUGACAGUGAGAAAGAUCCUGCAAGAAAUCAUAGAGAAGCACCCUAGGUUUCACAGCGUUACACCCCUGAAAACAAAACACGUGGUGCAGUGGUGUCGAUGCCAUGGCUACACUCCACCUGACCCCGAGGCCUUGCGGAACGAUGAGGACUCGAUUGAAGACGUGCUGACGCAGAUAGACAGCGAGCCAGAAUGCCCUUCAUCUUACACCAGUGGUGAGGAGCUGUGCCGAAAACUGGAGGAACUGCAACAGUUUCUGAAACGAGAACCAGAGCAUGAAGAGGAAGUAGAUAUUCUCAACUUUAGUGAGCCUUUAAAAAUAAACAUUAAAAAGGAACAGGAGGAGAAACAAGAGGAGAUGAAAUUCUAUCUGGCUUCCUUACCUGCGUCAGAGUUUGUGAGGGAUACGGCGGAGAAGAUAGGGAUUUCAUUUCAGCCUGCUGAGGUACACAAGAAUGUUUAUGCAUCAGUAAUAGAAGAUAUGAUUUUAAAGGCCACUGAACAGCUCAUGAGUGAUAUCCUGCGGCAAGCACUGGCUGUAGCAUACCAGACAACUCCUCACAACAGGACUCCGAAAGAGAUCACAGUGAUGAAUAUUCACAAAGCCAUCUGUAACGUUCCCUUUCUUGACUUCCUCACAAACAAACAUAUGAAGAUAUUAAAUGAGGAGCAAUGAAACAGAGCAGAGAAGAUGCUGCAGGAAAGGUGGAUUUAUGACUGAAGCUGGAAUGACAAAUCCAGGAUUUCUGUAGGACACUAUUAUAUAAGUUUAUAACAUUGGGCUACUAGAUUGUUACCUCCAAUUAAAGAUGCACCUUAAUGCAACAAAAGGAUGCUCUGUUCCAAAUCAAGUUGUUAAAUGUCAGUGUUUACUCGGUAAGUGUUUAUUCAGUGGCUGAACAAACGUUUGUCAGUUUGCAUCAAGUCGCUAGCUAUGGGAGACUCCACAGGCCUGGUACAUGCGAUGACAGCUAUGUUGAUGAGGUUGAACUCUUUUUUUGGAAAAGAAAUUAUUCUUUGUUACUUCACCUGCUUUUUGAUGCAGACUAUGAAUGAGUUGAUCUCCACAUGCAGUGGGCAGAACAGUUGCUUUGGCACACUGAAUAUUCCAAAGCGAUUCCAAAGGCAGCUUCUGAAGGUGGGUUGUUUUGAGUAGGAGGGUGGUUGGUUGGGUUCGGGUGGAAGGCUGAUGGCUGCAGUAAACUCUGCGAGUCCUGUUUGAGCAUCAUAUAUGUGACUGAUAACAUAGCUGGCUAGGCUUAUUAGCUUAUUCAGCGAAGUGUAGCCUAAUCAAAUUCCUUGCCUCUCUGAAGGAGAUAUCAGAUCUCGCUCUCUCAAGCAUCCCAGAGAGGAUGAACUGGCACAUACUCAGUCUAGAUGAAUAAACCUUGGUCAGGCUUGGUAAGACUUGACUGGCCGCUUGUCCUGCAUGAGAAAGGAGAGCAGAAGUAGCUUGGAGAGGACGGUAUUCAGUAUUUGUGGGCUUGGACUGGCUGAAACCCUUUGCUUACCCAGCAAGUGGCUCCCCAGUCUGCCAGAAGUUUUGGAGUCUUAAGCUGGAGGGCGGAUAGGCAGCUCUGUUGUGCAUGUGUUAAUGUUUUGGCAGCAUUCACUGAUGAUCAGCUUUGAUUAUGAAGUGGUGUGGGAGCAGCACCACUUUGUCUUACGUUCUGAUCAACACAGAGAGACCUGAUAGGAUCAGAAUAUCACAGAGAUCUGUUGCUUGCGGGGAGCACCUCUGAUGUCUUGACUGCAAGAAGUAGUUCUGCUUCUAACCACAGCACUUACCUAUCUUGGGAACGUCACUGAUGUAGAAGAAACGUCUGCAUCCUGGCUAAUGAUACCUCACUGGAGAAAGCUUCGCUGACAACGUUCUGGCCACCCCACCCACUGCCCUCUGUCCUGCCUCUGAGGAUGCUUGCUAGUAGUGUGAAUAAGCCAUUGUAAAGUUGGUGGGACCCUGGUUGGACUGUGAGGCUUUGGGGCUACUUGCUUUGUCAGGUGGCUGGAGCAUAGGUUAGCAGCCAGAACCUGCUGGGCACUAAUCUCAGCUGGGUCACUGAUUUGCUGCAUGGCCUUGGAUUUAAUCACUCUGUGCCUCAGUUUCCCCAUUUAUGAGAAUGGGGAGCAGGAUACCUACCUCACAAGGGUGUACUGAGGCCUCACUCUUGUUGAUGCUGUGCUUUGACAAUGCAAAGCCUUUUAUAAAUGUGAAACUGCAGUUACCUUUCUUGAUCUGGGAUAGGAACAUAAAUCUUCAAAAUAAAAUCUUUUGGUGCUUUUUGGGGCUAGAAUUUGGGUGAUAGUAACUCCAGCUGUGUGCAGGAACUGUGGAAGAUGGUUCAGUUAUUGGGUGGUUUCAGGCUUCCAGGGAGAGCUAACUUAAGUUUGAUGCAGUCCUUAAAUUGCAGAAGGUACUGCAUACCUCAGAUGAGAUACCACCUGUCUCCUCCAUCUUAAAUGAAACAAGGGUGUGCAGCUAGCCCCUCUUAGCCCAUCAGAGCUGAUGGGGAGUUUCAGUCAGCAUGAGUGGCAGAAUUUGGCCCUUGAACACAAGAAAUGGGACUGACGUGUGAAAUCUGAAUUGCAUUCAGAGAAGGACUUUGCCCCCUAAAAAGGGCAUUUGAGAUGCUCUGGAUUUGGAAGAUAAUCCUGGCUUGUUUGAGUAAGCCUGGAGCAGGAUUGCCUGUGCAAAUACGAAGUGCACAGUGUAGCCCUGACAUUAGUUUUUCAGCUGAGGUCAGUGUGAAGACUUUGAGCAGUGGUGAUUGUGUUUCAGCACAGUGCUGAGAGUAGGCAGGAAUCCAGGUAGCUGGAGAACUUGGGGCCUCACGCUGUUUAUAGGCUGUAGCGAAUUUAACAGCCGGUGCAGCUUUCAGACACUCUUGUGCACAGCUUGUACAAUAGAGAAGACCAUAUUUCAAGAUAUCUCUCAUUGUCUCUCUAUGACGGUCUGCAGGUUGUGUGGGAACGGCCUUUUGUGCAAAUUCAGUCAUGCUGUGAUCUUCUGGAGUGACAUGUGCCUGUCCAGGCCCCUGUCUCUUACAGGCUUAGUUUCUGGGAUUUCAAAGUGCCCAAAGCAGCUCUUGAGGAUGCAGGAGCUUGCUUUGGUUUUGCAAACCUGUUUGCAAAUCAUGGCUUCCUUGCCUGUGUCCUGCUUUUCUGUAGUGCUGAAGAAUGGAGUUUCAGACUGUUGAGUCCCGAACCAGGCUGUGAAGCAGACAGGUAAAUGCCCGUUGUUCUUAACACGGUUCUUGCAGUGAAGAUCUAUUGAUACGUUUCUGAGCAACCACAGGUUAUUCUCCUAGGAGAUGCUAUAGUAAUAAUAUAUAAAGUUUGCUAAAGUAAAAAAAUCUGUUAAAAGCAGAUAGAAAAUAACAUGUUUUAGUCCAGCAGAUGUGGAAAAUGUUUGCGAUAAGGUCUUUG